AUGGUUGUGAGUGUUAGACGCUCUAGCAGGACCGCCAAUAAGGCGGUUAGUUAUCUUGAAGCUGACUCCGAUGAUGAUGAAGACGUGAUUGUCGAUGAAAUGUUACACGUCACAUCAGAUAAUGACAAUAAUGAAGAUGAAGAAGACGGCCAAGAAGACGACGAUGACGACGAAGAUGAUGACGAUGAAUACCUCGAGAUCAGGAAGAGACCACGUGGUCGUAAGGCGGCUACUAAGGAAUCAGCCAGUAAGAGACGCAGAAAAUCUCCAACCUUAGAAGAAAGAGAACUCAACUUAAAAGAAAAUACAUACUACAUUCAACUUGCUUCUCCCGAAGUAGAUAUCAACGAGUUGGCUCUUUCGUGGCUUAGCGCUUUCGAAGAUGACCCCAAUACUGCGAUGGCCGAUAUCUUAAAUCUUGUAUUACGAUCAGGUGGUUCGCUUUAUUUGUUCACUCCUAAGGAAAUGGAUGAUCUUGAUAGCUCGACUGAUGUCAUUGAUAAACUUGUGGGGAAAUUUAGUGGUCAAGGCAAACAUAAAUAUCCCUUUAAGUUGAUCCCCAUUUUUAGGAACAAUGUCAUUGAACUAUUCAAUCAAAUAAUAGUUACUGGACAUGAAAAUGGGAUGUUGUAUCAAUAUGAUGAAGGUGAAAAUGAUGAUGAUAAAUACUCUCCAAUGAUGGAAAGCUUAUUAAUAUGGAUUUCUGGCUUGAAUUCUUGUACAGUAAGACCAUUAAGAUGUAUUUCAACAACUAUCUUACUUAGAAUCCUCACUAGAUUAUCAAUUAUUAUAAAUAAUGUCAUUGAUAGUUUGGAAAAGGCUCAAAAGCAACUUUCCAAGAUUAAAAAGACCCAAAAAGCUAAAGCCAAAGCAAUUUCACAAGCAAUUAAAACUUCACAACGUCAAAAGGAUGCCAUUACUUUGUAUUUGAAAGAUAUUGUUUCUGCAUGCCUUGUUCAUCGUUACAGAGAUAUCGAUGAUUCGAUUAGACAUGAAUGCAUCAAACUGCUAGGGGAAUGUAUGUUGGAAUAUCCCGAUUUUUUUUUGCAACCCGUAUACUUGAGAUAUUUUGGUUGGCUUUUAGCUGAUCCUUCAGGUAAUGUUAAAGCUGAAUUAACCAGAAUGCUUCUUAAAAUCUACAAAAAGUUUUCUCAAGGACAAAUGACAAUAACUAACGGUGUAAGUCAAUUUACGCAGAGAUAUAAGUUACAGCUUAUUAAAACAAGUCUCUUGGAUGGUGACCUUACAGUAAGAAUCCAUGCUACAAGCAUUUGCUGUGAAUUGUUGAAAAUAGGAUUUUUGAAUGAGCAAGAUAAUCUUAUGAUAGUGUCUGGAUUGUUGUAUAUAAUAGAUGGUGGGAAAUCCAUUUAUUUAUCUCCUUCAAAUGUUGAAAAGUUGAAAAAUGAAGUUUGUAAAUUUAUUUCAAUAUGGAAUGAAGAACAAGCAACCAUAAAAUUGGAAAAAUAUUCUACUAUUAUUGAAAAUUACAAUUCUGAAGAGUUUGAAAAUGAUCCUGAUUCAACUGGCAUUUCAGAAGAUGGGAAAAUUAGUUUACAGAGUUGCAUUAAAUAUAGUGAGCUCAUAAGAAUUUUGAGGCAGAGUAUGGAGUAUUACUUUUCUGAAGAACCUGACAGUUCAAUCGAAACCAAGUUCCCAAUUGCAACUAUAUUUACCAUGCUUCAGAAAUUACCACUUUACCAAGGUUCUUGGGAGUUUCUAAUCAAUUACCUUCUUUUGGAUACUUCCAAAAUCGUUUUCACUACCAGUUCUACUACCUAUGAAGCUGACUCAUCUCAACUAGAAGAGCUUACCACUUCCUUGGACCUUCAUGAUGAAACAGAUAAGACAUACUUAUUUAGCUGUGCUCAUGGCCUGCUAAUUCAUUUCUUGCAAGGCAAGUUCAAAGCAAGAGACAAAGAAGAUGCAACUAAGAAUGUCAUAAAAAUGGUCCAAUAUCUUUCAAAAUUGCAAAAGUUUCUGAUGGUUUCUGAGGCUAGAGUUCAAAUCUUUGUUAACAUUUGGAAUUUAGGGUUAAGCAAUCCCGAUCCAGAUUUCAACUUUUAUCUGAUGUACAAGAGCUUGGAUAACCUAGAAGAGUAUAAUGAGAUUUCGGAAAGUCUCCUUCGUUACUAUUAUAUUUUUGAGAAUGGAGCAAUGGAAAGUUCUAACAUUAUCAUUCAAGAGUUCAACAAAUAUUUUUUCAUUAUUCUAGAAAAUUAUGACAACAAUUCGAUCUCUGCCGUGAUAAAUACUCUUACUCCAUCAUUACGAAUCUCAAUUCAAGAUCUUGUUAAAGAUCUCAUGUAUGGAAUUUCAAACUUGUUAGAGAAUCCUCAAGAACCAACAACAACUAUUGAAAAUGAUGAUGAAGAACUUGAUGACGAGAAAAUGUUACAACGACAACUAAUCUCAAUGUUGGAAGAUAUACUGUCACCUUUGUUAAAAUUACAAAGUAUUCUGAACCAUGCUGCUUUUGAGGAAGUCCUAGAACAACGUGAUCCUUCUGUGAGUACAUUAUUGACAUUUAACGUCCUUUUCAAGAUCGAUUUUAUUGCUAUGUUUGGUAGAUUACAUGACGAGUUUAUGCCAAUUUCAAUAAGCUUUUCAAAGUGGCUUGGGGUUGCACUUGAGUUCAAUAUCACAUUCUUAUCCUGGCAACUAGAGAAAACAUUUGAUAAGUUGUCCAGUAUUGAGAGUAAAGAGUUAAGCAACCUUACAAGAGACGAAGUUCGUAAUAUUGCUGAUACCCAACGUGCUAUGAUUAAGAGAUUGACUACGUUAUUGGAGGAUCUUGAAAUUGUUAUGGAAAGAAUCAACGAUUCUAUUGAAGAUGAAACUGACGCUUCGAAUUCAUUGGAAGCUGCGUUUAAGUUGAAAGAAGUUAUUUCAGUUAGACUUAUGGAUGUAUUAAGUUUAUUGAAAGUUUUUUAUUUAAGAGCAAAAGAUUUGCAGUCUUCAGUUGUUAAUAUAUUGGACAAUAAUGAAAUCCACAAAUACAUACAAGGAUACCUUCCAAUUGAAACUCAACGGAGUAUAUUGAGUGUUGCACUUUAUCACGAAUACAAGAUUUCCAAAAUCAAUAACAUUGACCUUGACCGAUCUAUUGAAGAAGGUAUACUGUUUUACGAUUUAAUUAUCGUUCCUGUUCCCCAGUUCUCUGAAGAACAGUUUGAAAAUGAAAAGAAUGAAACAGUACGCCGUGAAAAAUCUAGAGCCAAACAAAUUGAGGUUAGGAAACGGAAAAGUGAUCUUCAAUGGGAAUGUGAACAAGAGUUUUGUGUUUACAUAUUUCAUAUUUUCAAACUCAUGAAGUUGUCGAUGUUGAAUGACUUUGUCUUUCAAAGAUUGAAAUUGAAUAGUGAAAAAUUGGGUAGUGUUUAUCAUAAAAUUAUUACCCUGAAGAAUGAAGAAUUGAAGAAAAUGGCGUCCAAUACAGAAGUAAGCUUGACAAGCAAUGAAGAAAUGGAAACUUCAUAUCCAGUGGACGCUGUUGCAAGUUGA